UGGCCGGAUUAACAAGCACGAUACAGCCGCUGUUAUUAGGACACAUUCAAGGGGAAACGUCUGUCUGAUUGUUAUAUAAAGGGUAUCCGAGCUUCACAGACGCACCGGUGUCUCCUGGGUUUUAAUAAGCCACUGAUCUUAGACUAAGACAGGAGAGUAAGACAGGAGACAGCAAGAAGACAGAAUAAUGCACAAGAUCACAAGGGCGACGCUGGCCCUAAACGGACUUGGCCGGUGUUUGAUCGCUGAGCAUCACUUGUCUCUUAUAAAAAUCGCCAGCCGAGGAUUAGCGUGUUCAGAGCAUGGAAAAAGUGAAAUUUAUGAUGUUAUUAUAUCCGGGGGAGGUAUGGUUGGAUCUGCAAUGGCAUGUUCCCUAGGCCAGGAUCCUAACUUGAUGGGUAAAAAGAUUCUUCUCCUUGAAGCGGGCAACAAGAAAGUGAUGGACAAGGUCCCAGAAACCUACAGCACCAGAGUCAGCUCCAUUAGUCCAGGCUCUGCCACCCUCCUCAGCGGUAUCGGUGCGUGGGAGCACAUCACAAAGAUGAGAUGCAAGCCCUAUAAAAAGAUGCAGGUUUGGGAUGCCUGCUCAGAUGCCCUGAUCACAUUCGAUAAGGAGAACCUUCAGGAGGAGAUGGCCUACAUCGUGGAGAACGACAUCGUUGUGGCUGCGCUCACUAAACAGCUAGACAGCCUGUCCGAUAACGUACAAGUAAAGUACAGGUCCAAAGUGGUGAGGUACACGUGGCCCAUGCCCCACCAAGCUGCAGACUCCAUCCCAUGGGUGCAGGUCACGUUGGCCAACGGUGAAACUCUUCAGACCAAGCUACUGAUUGGUGCCGAUGGACCAAACUCCAUGGUGAGGCGGGAAUUAGGGAUACCCACAGUCAAGUGGAAUUAUGACCAAUCUGCUGUGGUUGCGGUGCUGCAUUUGUCAGAGCCCACGGAGAACAAUGUCGCAUGGCAGAGAUUCCUCCCAACAGGACCCAUUGCUAUGUUACCGCUGUCGGACACAGAGAGCUCUCUGGUGUGGUCAACAAGCCAUCGGCUCGCUGAGGAACUGCUGGAGCUGGACGAGGAGAGCUUUGUUGAUGCCAUCAACUCUGCCUUCUGGAGUAAUGAGAACCAGUCAGAGCUGAUCGACACGGCUGGCUCUCUGUUCCGCAGCGCCCUCUCAGCCAUCAUGCCGUCUGCAGGUUCACCUCGACAGCUCCCCCCAAGUGUGGCGGGGAUCGGUCCAAAGACCCGGGUCAUGUUCCCACUGGGCAUGGGUCAUGCAUCAGAGUACAUUAGGCACAGAGUGGCCCUCAUUGGGGACGCAGCCCAUCGUGUCCAUCCUCUGGCGGGUCAGGGAGCCAACCUGGGCUUUGGGGAUGUGGCUUGCCUCACACAGCUCCUAAGCCAAACAGCCUUUACCGGGAAGGACCUGGGAGCAAUCCAGCACCUGUUAGAAUAUGAAACUGACCGCCAGCGACACAAUCUGCCCAUGAUGGCUGCCAUCGACCUCAUGAAACGCCUUUAUUCAACCAAUGCUGCUCCGGCUGUUCUCCUACGCACCUUUGGUCUGCAGGCCACCAACAUGCUUCCAACACUAAAAGAGCAGAUCAUGGCAUUUGCAAGCAAGUGAGGCGCAUGUCAUGAAGUGGUCGUCGUAGGAUAUCCAGUGACUGUAAAGGCUGUAAAAAAUGUGUAUGUCAGAAAAACCCUAAAAUAAUAAUAAAGAUCUAUUUUACUCUU